AUGCUGCGUAAACCAACAUGGAAACGAUAUCGUCAACGUGAAAAAUCGCAACGAAGUAUGGCACCACUCGCACAAGAGGAUAAUUAUGAAGGAACAGAACAAAAGCGAUGUUAUUUCAAUUUCAAGAAAACUAUAUUGAAAAGUCGCGUUGGUAAAUCGCUUUCCAGAUUCGAUAGUCGUCGUGGUUCAACAAAUACGGACCUUAAAUCAUCAACACGUAUCGAAGGGGAGUCUCAUUCAGCUCAUGAAUAUACGGAAUGUCCACCUCACAUUGAAGACGAACAGUUUUCAAACUAG